CUGACGUGUUGUAUUUUGAAUUGAAACAUAAAGAAUACUUUAUAUAAAUAUAUCACAAUAAUAUAACAAAAACUGAAUUUUAAAUAUAGUUCAUAAGGUGAAAAAGAUAUAUUUUAAAAUAAAGAAGUUUUAACCUCAAUCGUAUAACGCGUGGAUAUCUGUACAAAUUAAAGAGGUUAUGUAGCCAUUGCUUGGCUUUACCGGUCAAAUAAUUCUGAAGAAAACAGUACUGAAAUAAAAUAAAAAACCUUACACGAACUUUUAAUCAAAACGCGCAAAUAUGCCUACAUGGAAUCAAAUUCAAGCUCAACUUCGAAAUCCAAACAAUCCGGUGGUAUUUUUCGACGUGUCUGUGGGUACUACUGAAAUUGGUCGAAUGAUUUUUGAACUUUUCGAAGAUGUCUGUCCAAAAACAUCUGAAAAUUUUCGACAGUUCUGUACAGGAGAGUACAGGAAGGAUGGUGUACCUUUAGGUUUCAAAGGUGCCAUUUUUCACAGAGUUAUUAAAGAUUUCAUGAUUCAAGGUGGGGAUUUUGUAAAUGGUGAUGGUACUGGAGUCAUAAGCAUCUAUGGGGGUGGAACAUUCCCUGAUGAGAAUUUUACAUUGAAACAUGACUCACCUGGAUUAUUAUCUAUGGCUAAUAGUGGUAAAGACACUAAUGGUUGCCAGUUUUUCAUCACGUGUGCAAAGUGUAAUUUCUUAGAUGGUAAACAUGUUGUUUUUGGAAGAGUUAUUGAUGGACUCCUUGUUAUGAGAAAAGUGGAGAAUGUUCCUACAGGACCAAACAAUAAACCAAAAAUUCCUGUGACAAUAUCACAAUGUGGACAAAUGUAA